CAGUUUGCCACCUUAUGAAUAGACAUAACUAUAUAAUGAAGAAACAACGUCAUUUCAUUGCUGCUUGAGUGAAUUAGGAUCUCAACCCAGAAUCAAUUAAUUUACAACGAAGUACGGCAGCCAUGAAGAUGACAAUAGCAACCAAUUCUCUUAUUGUUUCAAUCACAUUUAUUAUAUUACUGACACCACUAAAUAUAGAUACAACAGAACUCGGAAAUAAUUGUGAAAUAAAAAUUUGCCCCAAUGUCAGCAAGAGUUUAAAUCGUUUAGUAAAAUCAGGCAAAAAGGUUUUCAUUUUUGAAGUUCAUAUAUCUGAUAAAAAUCUUGAUGGUUUUCUGAAUCCUGUACCAUUAGAUCUUUAUGCAGAUGCUCGGCGUUUCACGUGGAUUCCAGAUGAAAAAGAUGGUCUCAUAGCGUAUAAGAAUUUCUUCUAUGACUUUUCACUUCACACAUUUAAUUUAUUAGAUGUCUACAUCGCUACUCUAAGUGUUGAUAUCGAUAUAAAUUGUGGAAAACAAAAUAUUCAGAGAUUCGGUGUGAUAAAUUUAAUUUUCAAGGAAUUGAAGAGAGCCAUAUUUAUCGAUAAAUUGCAAAUGGGAGAUUCCGGAUACAUGUGUUUUCUUAUAAAUUUAUCCCAGGACAUGAAUAAGACGAACAAAUACGCGUUAGAAGCUUAUAGAAGACUGGGUAUGAAUCGAGAGAUAUUGAAGAACUAUUGCUGUGAGCUACAUAAAAAUAAAAGCCAUGUUUAUGAUUCACAAUACAUUUGUUCUGGACAUACCAUUGACAAUAGCAUGUAUGUCAAUUAUGAAAAUAUUGUUGGAGCAGUUUUGUGGGCUAUAUUGCCAUUAAUUAUCAGGUUUGUAUCAAAAGCUAAAUUACCUUCAUAUUCCCGCGAACUUAACCAACAGCAACUAGCUCACGGUGAAUCCUCAUUUAGAAUUAUGUACACAUUGCCACACAAAUUAGAAUGGAUCAAUGAAAAACAUAAUAUUUACACUUUCUCUCAUUUUCUAUCUUGGUUAUUUUGUUUUCACCAUUCCACUUUCUUUGCUUCAAAAUUAAGAAGAUUCAUUUUUAUUAUGUUUCCUCUUUCAAUAAUUUUCCUGGAUCUUUUAAUGCAUUAUUUAUUUUUAUAUGAAACGAUGAAAAUACUUUUACAUGAUCGUAUUCCAUUGGGUUAUCGUGGCAUGAUUCUAGGAAUCUCAGAAAGCUAUGAAAAUACAGAUGGUUUUUUCGGGGGUCCCUUUUUUUGGAUAAUUAGCUAUAUAUUUUUCAACUUUAUUCUCUUCGUUUUUCCCAGUCGUUUAAGUGAGACUAUCGCUUAUAGUACAUUACAUCAAAGGUCUACUUGCACUUUUCUUAUUCAAAAUAUUAGAUUAAUAGAGAACUAUGGAAAUUUAAAUAGGUUUGAACUUGAAGAUUACGAUCUACUUUAUGCAAUAAUGAAAGCCAAUAUUUCUACUGCUUUAAACCCAAAUUUCUGGUAUUUAAUUAUUUAUACUUGGAUUAAACGUAUAAAGAAAAUUUGGUUUUAUUACUACGAGAGAAAUAUUUUUAGCCAAUUCAUAUUUCUUUGGUUAUUUAUUACGAUCACGAUUUUAUUUGCUGUAUUUUCUAUCUGCGAAUUACUUCUGUGCCUCGUUUAUUACGGAAUCCCAAUCGUUUAUUUGAUGCUAACUUUACCCUUAAGUUACUUCAAAGUCUAUAUUUUACCAAUGUAUUUGAAUCCCAACCAAAUUUUAAAGAUCACUGCUUUUAUUUUAACAUUCGCUUCGUUGCCCUUUUAUGUAUUAUGGUAUUUAGAUUCGAUUUUUAUUUUUCUUACAACUUUCCAAGUUCUUUGCAACUAUUCAUUUUCAAUAGCUAUUGCUGUAAUUGCUAAACCUGAUACUAUUGGUGAUAUAUGGUUUGUCGCCAUGUUUUUCGUUUACGGUUUUGCAGUUACGAAAGCUAUUCAUAAAAAGUAUCGCACUAUACUAGUUAAAAGUAUAAAGUUAACCAGAACUGUUCGCUCAGAAUUAGUUCAAUCAAAAUAUGGAGAGAAAUUCAUAAGUGCAAAAUUGUUUAAAACAAUUAUUAACGAACAUUUUCCUUUGAGAUACGAAAUUAGUACAUCCAUUGUAAAACUGUUCCUAAUCGUAUCUUUUUUCUUUGCUUGCAACAACAUAAUAAACCGAAAUGAUUUAGAUUUAUCAGCAUUCACAAAAAUCACGUUGAUUUUGACGACGUCUCUGAUACCUAAAUUAUUGUCAAUAAUUAAUACUAAAUUUCGUGUUGAUUUAUCCCUGUCACAUAGAAUUAUCAAAACAAUUAAUAUAUUCGAAGAAGUAAAUAUUUCACAGACAAGUUUAUCACUUUGUUAA